AUGGCAAACGUCGUAAAAUACAGAAUUUUUGUGAAAGAUGGGGACAAUUUUGCCACUGGAAGCAACUUGGAAACAUGUCUGGCUAACUACCUUGCCUUUUUGAGUCCUAUAGUUGACGACUUCAUUUGGCAAAACGAGCCGUUCUUCCUUCACGCCAAGUCUGGGAAAGGUAAAUUGUGUCGGCUAAAUCCGCAGAAUACCUGGCCACUGAGCUGACUGUAAUCUAACAAUCUGUGUUAUCUAUAAUUUUCAAAGCACACCGAUGCAUAAGCGUGACAAACCAAUUUAAACGGGUCAGGAGUUGCCAGAUAUUCUGCAGCUAAGCUUUUCCAGCGAUUGUAUAAAAAAAUGAAAUAGAAUAAAAUAAAAAUUAAGGUUUUUGACAUCAAAUGCAGCUGGAAUAAUUGCCACUCCAAACUGCCACAAUAUGGGAGAGGUGCCUGAAGCAGAUGUCAUUGGUUAGUGUUGAUUUAAAAGGGUAAAAGUACAUGAAAUCACGAAAACUCAAGACUAAUAAAGGCAAAACCACUAGACAACAACAAUCCCGGCAGGGGCAGGGGGGUGAGUGUACUCCUCUAUAUGGCCUAUACAUGGAUGUGCCCCAUUACAGGGUAUGCAGGGUUGUCAAAAUGCGCCCGCAACCGGCGCUAUUACCGGCUACUUUAAGGUUUUUGUCACCUGUAACCUGGGAAACACAUAUCUCUACUGAUAUGUGUUCCCCUACCUUAGAAACACAUAUCCCUAGUGAUACCUAAGGAUAUAUGUUCCCCACCUGGGAAACACAUAUCUCUAGUUAUAUGUGUUCCCCCACCUGGGAAACACAUAUUCCUAGUGAUACAUGUUCCCCUACCUGGGAAACACAUAUCCCUAGAGAUAUGUGUUCCCCCACCUAGGAAACACAUAUUCCUAGUGGUACAUGUUCCCCUACCUGGGAAACACAUAUCCCUAGUGAUAUGUGUUCCCCCACCUGGGAAACAUGAAAACAAACUUCUCUGUUGUUACCAAUCUGGUUUUCGCACACUCCACUUCACGGUUACUGCAUUGAUUGAAGCCACAGAUAGCUGGUCUUUGAACAUCGACCGCGGCUUUGUCAAUGCAGUUGUCUUCUUAGACCUUAAAAAGGCUUUCGACAUGGUAAACAAUGCUAUUCUUCUUUCAAAACCUCAAGCAUAUGGUAUCCAUGAUUCUGCUCAUAAAUGGUUCUGUUCUUAUUUGAGAAAUCGUAUACAAACAUGUGUGUGUGUGUGUUAUGGAACAACUUGCCUCUGAAGGUGUGGCAAUUGACAUCCCCUAGUAUAUUUGAGGGAAAAUUAAGAGACAUAAAUUUCCAUUGACAAAUAAUUUGGGGCCUAUUUUGUUUUUUUUACUAUAUUGAAAAAAGGUGACCAUCUUUAUUAUUUUACUUUUUAUCUUAGAUUUUAGAUUAGUUAGGAACUUAGUUUCUCUAUACUUGAAUGUAAAUGUAACUGAAGAAAAUACCAUGUAUAAAUAAAGUUCCCUUACCUUACCUUACCUUACCUUACCUUAUCCCUAGUGAUAUGUGUUCUCCUACCUGGGAAACACAUAAAGAUUUAGGGAAACACAUAUCCCUAGUGAUAUGUGUUUAACUGGCAAACAUAUAGUCCCUAGAGCCAUGGCUUGCAGGGAACAAACAUAUCACUAAAUAUGUGACUCACCUGGGACACAUAUUUUUAGUGAUUGGGUUUAGGCAAAGACUGUCCCUAGUGAUAUGUGAAAGGAAUCCUGUGAAACAGAUGAAAUAGGGAUAUCCCUAGUGAUAGUGAUUUUCCCCACCUGGGAAACAAGUUUUACUAGUGAUUUGUGUUCCCAACGGGAAAGAGAUAUCCCUAGUGAUAUGUGUUCCCCUACCUGGGAAACACAUUUCCCUAGUGACAUGUGUUCUCCUACCUGGGAAACACAUAUCCCUAGUGAUAUUUGUUCCCCCCUACCUGGGAAACACAUAUCCCUAGUGAUAUGUGUUCCCCCCUACCUGGCAAACACAUAUCCCUAGAGCCAUGUGUUCCCCCACCUGGGAAACAUAUCCCUAGUGAUAUGUGUUCCCCCACCUGGGAAACACAUAUUCCUAGUGAUAUGUGUUUCCCCACCUGGGAAACACAUAUCCCUAGUGAUAUGUGUUCCCCCACCUGUGAAACAGAUAUCCCUAGUCAUAUGUGUUCCCCCACCUGGGAAACAAGUUUUACUAGUGAUUUAUGUUCCCCUACCUGGGAAACACAUUUCCUUAGUGACAUGUGUUCCCCAACGUGGGAAAGAGAUAUCCCUAGUGCUAUGUGUUCCCCCACCUGGGAACACAUUUCCUUAGUGACAUGUGUUCCCCAACGUGGGAAACAGAUAUCCCUAGUGACAUGUGUUCCUCAACGUGGGAAACACAUAUCCCUAGUGAUAUGUGUUCCCCCACCUGGGAAACACACAUUCCUAGUGAUAUGUGUUCCCCCACCUGGAAAACACAUAUCCGUAGUGAUAUGUGUUCCCCCACCUGGGAGCACAUCCGUAGUGAUAUGUGUUCCCCCACCUGGGAAACAAGUUUUACUAGUGAUUUGGGAAACUGGGAAACAUAUCCGUAGUGACAGUGUCAUGUGAAACACAUAUCCCUAGUGAUAUUGUACCUGGGAAAAACAGAUAUCCCUAGUAUAGUGAUAUGUUCCCCACCUGGGAAAAACACAUAUUCCUGGAAAAACACAUAUAGUGAUAUGUGUUCCCCCACCUGGGAAACGCAUAUUCCUAGUGAUAUGUGUUCCCCCACCUGGGAAACACACAUUCCUAGUGAUAUUUGUUUCCCCACCUGGGAAACACAUAUCCCUAGUGAUAUGUGUUUCCCUUUUCUUUAGGAGUACAGGAUUGGCUUAAUUUGUCAUCAAUUUUUUUUUCUGUUUCGCAUUCCUGAUCGAACCAUUUGUUUUGUGGUUUGCAUUUAACUUUUCUGUCUCUUGCUUUAGUUCAUCCGGCUUCUUUGCAUGUUUCCACCAAAGUGUCACUUAGUAAUUCAGACACAGUAUUGAUGCUAUCAUGUUUGACAGCUGCUACUUACCUGGAUUGAAGUGUUUAUCAGUAUCAAUAGUGAUAUGUCUUCCCCUACCAGCCCUGCCGGGAAACACAUGCCAGCUACUUUCUCUUAUUCUCCUGCUACUUAAAAUCUUUUUGACAACCCUGGGUAUGGCUUUAGUUCUCUCUGUCCCAAACAGGGAAUAUAAUUCUUUGCGUGUCUGUCCUAAUAACAAGGUAUUGCCUGUGUAUGUAUGAUUGAUUUGAUUUGCUUGAUGCAUUUGUCCUGAAUAGGGUGGUUAAGCUGAGGAAAGGUAUCUAUGUUAUGAUUUUUCUGUCCUAAACAGGGUCAGGCUUUCAACCUCCCAUCUGCUCAUGUAUACCCAAAUACUGGCCAAGUACCCACCCCCCCACCCCCUGGGGGGAUGAACCAGUGACACAUUCAAACCUUGUUGUUUGAUCUUUUUUUGUUCUCAGGAGAUGAAGUCCCUGCUCAUCUUUAUGGGAAGACAGAGUUUGGUGACAAUGUUGACAACGAAUGGUUUAUAGUUUCUCUCCUCCUUCAACUGUCAAAAGUUUUUCCUGAGACAUGCAUUAGGUGAGAUAAUUAUGCUCUCAGUGGUAUUUAUAGCUCAAAUGAAACAUAGCAAGGUUUAAUAAGAAUACCAAUUGCCAGGAGGCAAACUCAUUAGCUACUUACAAGAACAAAUACACCCAGAGAACAAAUCUGCUGAGUUAGGAUAGGACUUGAACUUGGAGUCUUACAUAUUGUGGUCACCGGAGUUUAAUUACAGGUGCAGGUGUGGCUGUAUUUUAAGUUAUUUGAUUAGGUACAGGGUUCGAGAUACAGUGUAUCGAGUCACACCUGCAUGUUAACAGUUGCAUGUCCAUCUUUUCAGUAGCCUUAAGCAUGAAAGUUUCAUACUGAUGACGCUUACCCAGAUCCAGAUCUGGCUAGUGCUUCUGAUUGGUCGUGCCACAUGGAAAAUUUGCUUUGCCCAAUCACAACUACUACCCAGUUCUGGUUAGCAUCAGUAUGGAAUAUCUGCACUUCUUUCUCAAACAUCAUUUCACAGGAAAACCAGUGGUGGUUGUUGCAAGAUGUCGGCUGUUUACUCAGGCUAUCUUUUCAGCUGCUCCGACAUACUUUCUCUCUGUAGGCGCUCUGUCUCUACUAGUUAAUGUACAUCAUCACUCUUUGAAUUACUAGUAUAAUCUUUCAACGUGUAUCUUCCUUAGUUUGAUUGUACUAACAUUCUUUUCUUGUAAUUUUCAAAUUUCAGUUUAUCUGACAAUGAUGGGGAAUUUCUGUUGAUUGAGGCUGCUCAUUUCCUUCCAAGAUGGCUUAAACCAGAGAACAGCAAAAACAGAGUAAGUUAGCUGUUAAACAUGUAGAAUUCAAUAACAUCAAGGUUAUCAUUAAAGACUGUGGCUCCUCCUACCUUCAGUCUUCCAUGUUUGAAAAAAAAAAUAGAUUUCUUGUUUGUCUCAUCAAGUAUCUUUAUAUCCUCAUGAAAUAUAAUAUGUAAUUAGCCUUGUGGAAGGCACAACAUAAAUUAUAUUUCUCCUGCUUUAAAACUGUUUGAAACUUUGAGGGCAGAUACUGGUGAUUAAUUUUAUUGCCAUUCACUGGACUUGUUUUAAUUAUGAGAAAAAAUCAGCUCACAUGUGCCUGAAUAAAUUAUUCAAUUUCUUUUAUUCAGGAAAAUAAGAAUGCAAAACAAAAAAAAUUGUAGUAAGAACUGAAAUCUUUCUCUAAAUAUCAAGGCCCAAAAAGUAUCUUAUGUAAGGAAUUGUUGACCUGUUACACUGUUAUGCUUACUGGAAAUUUUUCAAGAACCCAGUCAGUUAUACAUUCCUAAGUUAUGAAUUUGAACAGUCCUCGUUACAAUUGAAAAUCGUGUUUGUGGGACAGGAAAAAAUGGUUACUUUCAAGAUGACCUUGGGUAAAAUGUACUAGAAAAUGAUAAAACUCAUUUUUGUAAUGAGAUUUUUGUUUUGUUUCAGGUUUUUAUUCAUGAUGGAAGAGUUCACAUCAUCCCUAUCCCUUCUACCCCUGGGGAAUUACCAGUUUACCCAACUGGUACCCCCACAGUUUUCCAAGCUCUUCAAUUAGUAUUUGGUGUUCAUAACACUGUAGCAGCUGCAAAAAUUCAAACUGCAAUUAAUCAGAGGAUUAACAGGUAUGAAGGUUGAGUUGAUUUUGUAUAGUCAGUUCUUGUGAAAUCCCAAUGUCUUUUACUAGAGGGAUCUUAAUUCAUAUAGAGCUACAAGGGAAAAAUGAGUGAAAAUUUUCAACUCAAGUUUGCGUCAGUCAGUGAUUAUCAGACCAAUUCAAAUUCUAGGAUGAUAUUGUAACAAAUAUCAUCAAAAAGUUUCAUAAAUGUCUUAAAAUUUAAUCAAUUUCAGCUUGCUUUAACUGUGACAUGCAUCUUGCGUGUGAUACUUUUUUCAGGUGCAUGCACUUCAAUUUAAUGUCUAACAACAACUGUGCAGUGCAGAGGUUUUGUGAACACUGAAAAAGGAUUGUUUACCCGAAAAAUCAGUUUCUGGAUAAUUUCUUAAUAAUUUGUGAGAGUAUCAUCCUAUAAGCUAUCUUACUUAAUUGUCAACCAUCACUAACAGUUUUACCAUUAACAAUUCAAAUACUGCCUGGGUUCUUUAACCCAUUCGCCCCUGAACCACCCAUAACCGCCCGUGCGGAUCCAGGUCCUUUCUACCCUUUGUGACGUCAUCAGUUUUAACGGUCAAGGACAACUUUCCUCACUAACUUAUGCAGAAUGAAGAGAUCUCUCAAACCAUACCAGAAUGAGCACAAUUCAGUCAAGGACACCGGAGAAAGAAGCAAAAAACCACGUGACAUUGACCUGAAAAUCUCCAUGAAAAUCUUGUUCCAUUACCCGCCUACCUUUCCUUUCACCUAAUCCUAAGAUCCUAAACGCUUUCCUAAAAACUCUUCCCACCAAAAUGAAGCCUACUAAAUGCCCAGCAAGAGAAAAAAAAAUGAGGCAAGGAAAGCGAAAAAAGAAGGGAGGAGAGAAAGCGAAAAGAAAUUUUGCUUUCUGUGCAUGCCCGAACUUCGCAAGCUAAUAUUUUGCAUCUGGAUCAGAAGGCCGCCAAGUGUACGACCUGUAAACGGGUUUGUGGUAAGUUUUAGCUCUUUAUAGCACGACAGUGACCAGAAAACCACUCGACUAGCUUCAAAACAGAGCGAAUGGGUUAAACCAGACAUAUAUUUGAGUGAUCAACUGCAGAGAGGUAGUCAAGAGUUCUGGGAACCUUAUUGGCUUGAGUUUGUAAAGUUGUAUAUUUCCUUAUGAUACCAAUAUCUAAAAUUUUCAAGAAACCAAAGAGGGUUUACUUCAGAUUCAAUUUGGGUUAUUCUAGCCCCAGGGAUUUUCAUAUUCAACCCCAUUUGAUCAUUCCUGUUGGUUUAAAAACCAGGUACACCCUGGGCUAUCAAAUCUCUACAGGUCACGGCCUUGUAUGGCCUUAUUGAACAACAUGCACUUCUCAUGGAUCAGUUUUUAUACUGUUUAGUAUAAUUUUAACAAAAACUUUCUUUUAAUCAUUGCAGUCUUUCAGAACAGUCCUUAAAUACCUUCCACCAUGCACAUUGUUACAUACCAGCAGAAAUAAAAUAUCUUCUUGAUCAAAAACCAUCCUUGAUCAGCCCCAUUGUGCGAGCAUUUUGUGAACGGGAUCCUAUUGACACGAAGGUUUGUCACAUUUAUACACAUAUUUCUUUUUUGUAUAGAUGUACCACUGUAUUUACUUGAAGCAGUUAUUUUCUCCUUAUUAAUAGAAAAUUCCUUUUUGACUUUCUAAAUUUGGCACCUAGGAUCACGGCAUGUCUUAUUUCCAGUAUACAUGUUUUUAUUUUGGUAUUAGAAAUAGCUACAGUAACUGUAAAUUUUUACUAGAAGACUGGGAUAUAUUUAGAUAAGGAAAUACAGGUUGUAGGUAGUUUGAAACAGCUUUUAUCUUAAAUAAAAUUCAUGUAGACUGUGCUUGUAUUAGGAAAAUGGCCACUCUCUUUCAAUUGGUGUAACUUUCUGAUUUGUAACAUAAUGCAGGGGUUUCAAUUAUAACUUUUUCCAUAAGUGGCUUUGGAUGGUGGCAUAGGCACCUGUACAUAAUUAAGUAAUAACUAUAUUUCACAGCCAUGUAUACCUUACUAUACCUUGUAUACCUUACUAUAGGAAAUUAACGCUCUAUGAAAUUAAGGUACUGGAAAUUAACAUGACUCAAAUUAAUGCAAAUUUAAUGGAAAACGACUUUCAAAUAAAGGAAAUUAAAGUGAGAGAGAGGAUAGCAUUUUGAAAUGAAGGAAAUUGCAAAGAAACAAAACUUGUUGAGACAUCAGGAACAAAGAAAAACAUAUAAUCUGAAAUGGACACUUUGUUCGUGGUACUUUCCCUAGGCGUACAAAUGGCUAAAGCAAAUACACAAAUACAUCUGGUGCCACUUUGGAUGUUUUUUACAGUUUCAAUGAUACUGGCAGAUUUCCACCCAGAUAAACUACCCUCCUUUCUUAAUAGGUGUCAAGAAUGUCAAAAAGUUUAUCACGAAUUUGGAGCCAAAAUGAUGGAAAUUAAGGUCAUGGAAAUUAAUACUCUACUUAAUUAAUGACACACAAUGUAGUUUAUAAAAAUUAACGUGACUUUUGAAAUUCGCAUUAAUUUUUUGAAGCGUGAAUUUCCUAUAAUAAGGUAUAGAAUAAAUCUUAACAGACGGUUUUAAGAGGCCUCAUAAGCAGCAGUAGAAUGCUGAUAAACGGCAUUUAUUGAGACCAGCCCUGAUAGUGGAAUGGUUAGCUUAGACAUCUUCCUAGUUUUUCAGAAAAUAAACUGUUAGUAUCUCUCCUUGUGUCAACAGGCGUGUAGGAAAAUGGAACAGUUUACCAUAGAAAGAAGAUUGAUUGCUAGGGUAUGUCAUGUGAGACUAAUCUCGGAUUAAUCCCACUAAGGGUAAUCUUGUUGCAGGAUUUCAAUUCACAGGGACUUAUGUUAGUUCUCUUCUGAAUUAUUAUUAUUAUUAUUAUUAUUAUUAUUAUUAUUUCAUUUAGCAUGACAUUAUCUUAUAGAUAUAGAGUCAAAAUAGCAAACCAUUUUUGAAAAAGAUUUAAGUAAUAAGUCAUUGAAUAACUGUUUACUAGAGAAUGAUGUUCAACUGCCAUGUUCUCUUGUAGAUACGUUUUACUCGGUGUCUCUUUGCUCAGUUAUCUCAACAACCAUUCAAACCAGAGAGACGCUGCUCAGGAUGGACUUUGCCUGCUAUAUCUAAUCCACAGUACAAAGCUCAUGAGUUGGGUCUGAAAUUGGUAUUUAUGGUUAUAUUACUUCAUUGUUGUGCUGUAUCUGUUUAUUUUAAUAAUUUUAUUAGUAGAUUCUUUAAUUAGAUCAGUGCUAGAGUGGGUUUACAGAAUAAUAGUGCAUAUGAUAUGCAACAUGAGACUAUAUUUUUGGGGGGGUAUGAAAUGCAUCAAAUAAAAUAAAGGGGUUCCCUGGAAUAAAGUCUUAGGUGACUUAUGAUAAACUGCUAGAUUUUUUUUCCAAGUUACCUUGUAUGUACUGGUACUUGGACUUGAUCAGGAGUAAUUGAUUAGAGGCCUUACUCCACACACCCGGUCAAUUUUGCUAUUCUGGGCCCAGUUGCUCAAAGGCCGAUUAGCUCUUAACCCGGGUUUCUUUUUCUUGUGUUCAAAAGCAUUUUCUCGGAUAAUUUUCUCUGGUAUUUUUAGAGCUUCCAAUCAUCAACUUGUAGACAAAAAGAAUUAAAACUGAAAUGCUUUUUAAGCUUUCAAAUCUGAAUUCAAAUCUCGCACUAACACUGGGUUAUCUUAACCCAGCUUUGAACAACUCGACCCUGUUUCACAUUCACUGUAAUAAUAUUAAUGUUCUCCCGUGAACAAGUACCUACCUACUUAGACUGCAAGCAGUCUCUCUUUCUCUUGAGGGUUUAGUGAGGGGAGUACACGCAUGCAUGAGCGUCGAGUGAUGAAGCUGCGAGUCGUGAGAAACGCGUAGCCAUUUGCGCGAGAAAUGCGUAGUCAUUUGUCUCAUGAGGUUUGCUUGAUGGACCAAGAAAAAAGAGAGACUGCUCAUAGUCUACCAUCCACUUGGCCAAACUAACAAAGUGCGCCUCCUUCCCUUUCCUCAUUUUAUUGAAUAGAACAAUAACACCAAUAACGUCUGUUCCUUUUCUCACUUUUAUUUAUUUAUUUGAAUCUUUGACUGCACCAGGCAAGUUUAAAUUUGAAUAUUUGGAAUCAUCUUGUAUUUGCAUUGCCUGUCCAAUUUAAUCUCUGUCCAUACUCGAUACAGUGUCUGACCUGUUAGAGUGGUACUUGUAGUUUAGUAGUUUAGCAUCUGUUAGCAGCAGUCAGCCAAAGGAACAUGUUUAACUACCGUCUGUCAGAGAGGAGUCCAUGAACAGAGAUUUUGCUCCAUCACUAAGUUGAUUAUUGUUUGUUUCAAGGCAUGUGGAUUUCAGAUCUUGUGUAAAAGAAAUGAAAUGAAAGGACCCGGUGCACAGGUAGAUAAAAACCUUGUAAUUGAUGACACUUAAGUCAGCCAGUAAAUAUCAGUAUAGAUUUGUGAUGAAAAAUGUUACUUUUCACGUAAAUUUGAUGAUCAAUUAAGAAAUAACCAUUUUUAAUGAUGUGUAGAACUUUGUGUUGCAUUGUUGUUUUUUCUUAAUUGUUUAACCUUAAGGAGCCAAGUGAUCCUAAAGGCUCAAGGCAAUGGGAGACAUUUCUGACUUGUCUGACAAAGCAAGGUUAUUUCAAGGUAGGCAAUAAUCAAGCAGAUGUGGUGUUAACUCUUUGAAUGGAAAAUUGAUUGCCAUUUUAAAACUGUAUCUCUUUUGCCAAAUUAGUGUUUCAUUUCCUUUCCAUGUUUUGGUCUUCUGUUGAAUUUAAAGUAAUACAACAGUAUUGGAAAGUGGCUAAUACUUGAAACAUUUUACUUUGUAGGGUGAAAUAGAGGGUUCAAAACUGUACCAAGACCUCCUUUUGAAGGCAAAGCAGCAGUUUAAGGAAAAUUUUACGGUGGAAAACAGGUUAUUUAAGCCUUGAAAUAUCUUACUGGACAGUCUGGACGGCAUCAAAGACGUCGUGAAUAAAGCAAAAACAGCACCGUUCGCUUCCAUCACACUUCUUGUUACAUAUCUUUGCCGUCACUGCAUGACUACGACCUGGGUUUUUCUUUUUCUUGGCGUUUUUCAAGAACACAAAUAAGCAAAAAUGCGAGCGCGUGCGAAAGGUGCCACACGCGAGGCAAAGCGAGUAGCGCGUGUCACCUUCCUCGAUCGUGGGCGGCGAUUUCACGCGCUCUCUGAAAGUAGGGACUACUCGACGUCUACUCUAGCCUCCCACGCAGACUUCCGUUAUUGCCAUUACAAUGAUAAAAACUUUACAAUAUUAAAAGAGAUAUCCUAAAUAAAAUACACAGUCUACUACGUCGCAGACGUCGUUUGCUCGUCAGGCAUUCCUCGUGUUGGUGGGGGAAGAACGCGUGACGAAACCUACGAACGAAAAACGUCUGCGUGGUAAACUGCAGCCUCUCUAAGUAUCUGAAAGGUUCAUGUAAAUGAAAUUUGGACAGUUUUAUGAUCAAAAUCUCUCCAAUUCAAACUUUUUUCUCUAACUUUUUUAAAUAAAGGUCUGAGCCUGGAGAAGUCAUCCUUAGAAUCUUGAAAGAUGCUAAAAUAGACGUUGAAAAGAUGAAAGAAGAACCACUUCUUCCUGAGGAUGGUGAGUAAGAUAUAUCUCUGAGAAUUACAAAUCACAAAACUUUGUUAUAUAGAAAAACUGUUUUGUGCAAAUUCUUUUUCACAAUUUUGUCGCACAGCGUAUCAUCUGAAACGGGGUCAUGCUCACCUGCGUAGCAAGCGAUUUGGUGGGAGUUCGUCGAGAAAGUUUUUUCACUCCCUUUCUAACUACUUAGCGAACUCGCGCUAGGGUCAUGCAGGUCAAUGUUUCACUGCAACUCCAUUUUUUCUGACUGGAACUAAAAUGAAAAACUGUGGAUUUUGAAGUAAUUCCGUCAAGUUGCACCCAAUAUAGCUUGUCUCAGGCGUUCAGAAACAGUGGAAUCCCGUUAACGCGACCAUCGUUGGGCCAUAAAAUCCUGGUCGUAAUAUUACCUUCAAAAUAAUGAAAUGACUCAAGGAUUUUUACGUUUGGGUCGACAGAAUAUGGUCGUAAUAACGGGGUGGUCGCAUUAACGGGGUGGCUGUAAGGCGGGGCUCCAUUGUAGUGCCGGAGAGUGGUGCGAAAUGGAGAGCAGAUGACAAAAAGGCGGAAGGAAGGAGGAGGGAGAGAGUAGGUUCCUUCAACUUCUCUCCCUACCCCCACCCUUAGCUGUUUCUCCUUCUCCCUUUUCUUUGCGCCGUACGUCCAUUGGCAUAGUCUUUCCUCUUGAGAAUAAUAAACAGGUCGUUUCGAUACAAACUCAAGCAGUGAAACUGCACAAACAUUUUGCUCACUUCAAAUAUAGUUUGCGAGUGAACAAAAAAAAAAAGAAACAUUUUGGGUGAAUAUCUUCGUUCUUUAAGCAAAAUACGUGGAACUAUUUUUACACCUCAAAUGAAUAAACUUGUACCGAAACAACUGUGUAUCGAAACGACUUGUAACCGAUAGACCUAAGACUAUGCCUUCCUUUAGGCCGGAGAAGGAUAGCCUUCUAGCCAGGAAAACUUCACAUAACUCCUCACAGGGGAAGUGUAACGUGAGAGCUCAUCUUUCACUCACUUAAACAGGAGCUGUUGAUUCUCUCUUUUCCUUUCAUUUUUGGCUGCUGAAUACGCAGAUGAUAUCUGGCUAAAUUUGUCUGACCAAGACUUGGAAGACAUCCUUUCAAAAUACAGUGAUCCCAAGUCAACGCAAAAUGGAACUGAAGAUGAAACGAUAAAUAGUGAAAGUGUACUUUAUGGAGAUGUGAGUACCGUGGCUGUGUUUGUGUGUGUGUGUUUUUGCAUUGGUUCAUGUUAUCUCUUUGAAAAUGUAACUGAACUUUGAAUAAGUUUGUUUCUUCCGUCUUUCGGGGUCUACAGUCAAUUCCUGAUUCUAUCUAAGACAGAUACUAGGGGACCGGCACUAAGUAAGUGUCCGUCUAAAAGAGGUGUUCGUCUUAGCCCUUUAAGUCCCAAUAUCCACAUAUAAAUUCUCCAUACUGAUCUUCACAUAUUUCCUUAAAGAAUUAGGGGAGAGAGUUUGAUAACAUAUCAAGGCAUUUUCUCUUUACGGUGAUCAUUUUAUUAAUUCUCAUAACCAUUUCCCUUUCCAAUAUGUGGAUAUUGUUAGGAGAAGAUUGAUGUUGGUCACUAUUGAGACUUAAAGGGUUAAGGGAGUAAAGAAAGGCGUCGACCAACUCUAGGUGUCUGUUUUACAGAGGUGUCCGGCUUAUAGGUGUCCGUUAAGAGACAGUCGACUAUAUAAGGUGUUAUACUGGCGGUGGCAUAAACAGUUCACUUUCGUCCAUUUAGUGGGACAGGAACGCGUGACGAACUCCUAAGAACUUGGGAGGCUAACGUAGACUCUCUUCUCUUCUCCCGAUUUUUCUGAGGGAUGGUGGAAAGAAGUCUGUACACAGGCUAAUUCAUGAACAAUUCUCAGCUGUAACAGUCUCACGUCUAUCUGUGCAUUCUGGGUAUCAACACGGUUAAGCUAUUCCGGAGACCGAACUGAACCGCACGGAAACCGGUCGUUGCGAUACAAAGUCGUUUCGAUAUGAGUGUUUUCGAUACGAACUCAAGAAGUGAAAUUGCACAAAAAACAUCGUUCACUUUAAGUAUAGUUUGCGCGUGAACAAGAAAAGUAUUUUGGGUGAAUAUUUUUCGUUCUUUAAGCCAAGUACGUCGAACUAUGUACACCUCAACUGAAAAUACUUGUAUCGAAACGACCGGUAAUCAACCGAACUUUUAUAAACGUGACGACUGUAUUAGCAAGGUAGUGCUUACAUUAACGUUUCUCCAUGUAACCUUUUGUUUUUGUGUCGUUCAUUUUCCAGCAGAGAAGUGCUGUCGACCUUGAUAAAGUGACUCGAAGUUUGAAAUCAUUUGUGGAUAAAGUGUCAAGUUAUGAAGGAGCAGAAUUUCCAGGGUAAGGGUUUUUUUUAUAGUUUUAAGUGUUCGCCGCGUAUCAGCAAGUCAUGAACACAUGCUUUGCUGUCGUUAUCAGUGCGAAUGACUAACUCUGCACUAAGACAAAAGGAAAAGCAGGAUAAAAGGAUAAGCAGUGAAAACAUUCGUGCCACAAACUACAUGUGGAUUAUGUAUGUUGGUUAUUGCUUUCAUUAAUGUGGUGGCUCCUAAAGGAGCCGUUUGUUUGCAAGCGACUUAUGCUCGCUCUCCACGGAUUCGGCGGGCCAACUGAAUGUCCUUGGGCAUAAUGGUCACGCGCUUGGCGUGGAUGGCGCACAAGUUGGUGUCUUCAAACAGACCGACAAGAUAAGCCUCGCUUGCCUCUUGAAGAGCCAUCACGGCAGAACUCUGGAAGCGCAAGUCGGUCUUGAAGUCCUGAGCGAUUUCUCGCACAAGACGCUGGAAUGGAAGUUUGCGUAUCAACAGCUCGGUAGAUUUCUGGUAACGACGGAUCUCACGAAGGGCGACUGUACCGGGCCUGUAACGAUGAGGUUUCUUGACUCCACCAGUGGCAGGCGCGCUCUUACGAGCUGCCUUUGUGGCUAGCUGUUUGCGUGGAGCUUUUCCACCAGUUGAUUUGCGAGCAGUUUGCUUUGUACGCGCCAUCUUUGAAGACUUGAAUAUCAAGGAAUAAAAACAAGAACUCACCGGUUAAAUUUAUAUAUGGCGGGCUUCUUUCCGAUUGGUUCAGAGUUAAGGUAUUUGAUUGGCUCAUUAUAAAUCUUUCACAGAUGGGUGUUCAAAGUUCGAUCCGACGUAGUUAUAAUGAUCGACCUUAGCCAGGAUUUUGGCUUAAAAUGAUAUUCUGCGGCAAAUGAACUGCCUAAGUUACUACUAAACUGAUCGUUCGUAGGCUUAUACUGCACUAUCGAUCAAAUGCUGGAUGAUUCUUACGCAGCUAACGUGACUUGCCUGUAGCAUAUUUUGCAUUCGUUUAUCUAUUAUUAAACUGACCCUUGGACCCUAUAAUCGUCCAAUAGGAAGAUGUUAUCGUGUAAUGCUUUCUGAGAGGUCGUUCUUUGCCUUAUAAAACCGUCGAGCCGGAGACUAUCGGUUAUUACUCGAUUCUUUGAAUUGUGUUAAGCAUGUCUGGUCGCGGCAAAGGAGGCAAAGGCCUCGGAAAAGGAGGCGCCAAGCGUCACCGAAAGAUCCUUCGGGACAACAUUCAAGGCAUCACCAAGCCUGCUAUCCGUCGUCUUGCUCGCCGUGGCGGUGUCAAGCGUAUCUCUGGCUUGAUUUAUGAAGAGACUCGUGGAGUUCUCAAAGUUUUCCUUGAGAAUGUCAUCCGUGAUGCUGUGACUUACACCGAGCACGCCAAACGCAAGACCGUGACCGCCAUGGAUGUGGUGUACGCUCUCAAGCGCCAAGGACGUACCCUGUACGGAUUCGGAGGUUAAACUACACGUACACCGUCAUUACAACAAAAACGGCUCUUUUAGGAGCCACCAAAUUCCUAAAAAUCAUGACCAAUAAACCGAUUCUCAAUCUUUUUGAGUUGAAACAUCAAGCGCGCAAGUCUUACUAGUCCAAUAAGUUUCAGGUAUCUCAAACAAACGGUGAUUCACGUAGACUGUACACAGGCGUUGUUUUAUUUUUCUUUUCGAAAACAUCGGCGAGCGCUGACUGUCAAUAAGUAUUUUUUAUCACGCGCACACGACGGACGUUGAAGACAAAAUAGAGGAUCUGUGAAGAGGCUAUGAUUCACGCGAAUCAUGAUGGCAGUUUCAUUUAUUUCUUAAUUUCUUACCCUAGCUUCAGAGGUCUUUUCUCAGAAUAAGGGAGGAGUCCAAAGGUUUCCCAUCGUUUAAAUUAUGAAAUAUGUAGCUCCCGAGACCGGACUUCUGAUCUCUUCGUGCGUGGAGCUUCAUAGCGCGCUGCGCAUCAUUGCUUGUUCGGCUUUCAGCUGAUGUCGUUUAAGAUUCUAGGGUUUAUUGUGACUGUUUUCCCCCCUAUUUUAGCCUAUUCCAGGCGUUAAGAAACAGGCUACCCCUACAGCAACCUAGUCUUUCAUUUUAAAAAUUGAUGUCUUGUGUUACACAGGCUAGUGUUUUGCGACAGGCGGUGUGCGUCACGACCCACAAAGGUUCAUGGGUAAACCUGUUACUGUGCCUCAUUUCAAUCGUGACACGGUCGAGUUCGCAUCUCGUGAGAGAAAUUAAUCAAACCCAGCGAUCAAAACACUGCUGCCUUUUCCGAAAAACAUUACGGAAGAGAACGAUUUCGAGAAUUUUCAAGAUCUCAUAGUGGCGUUAGAUGAUUGCUAUUGGCUUCAUAAGGCAAUUUCAAGAAGUUUAUCGCGAUUCGGAGACGAUCGUGCGAUCUAGCCGACUUUGAGCGGCGACUAAUUUCCUGCUUGUCAUAAGAUUUUAUGUACUGUUUGGUUUAUAUGUAUGUUUUUAUCUCAUAGUGAAAGAGAUCUGUAGUUCAUACCUGGAUUUGCUUAACUAAAAAAAAAAAAAAUUCGUCCAUUAGAAGUGUUUAUAUAUUUGAUGGACUUUGUUACCGGCAAAGCAGGGGAGCGCGUGCAAACAGCAAGGUGAGAAAUCGUCUCUCAUAACAAUUUUAUUUUCAUCGACAAGUUUAUAUUAUUUUGAAAACAGUGCCCGUUUGAAAUCCUUAUGCGCAAAUAAAUCUUCUAUCAGGCAGGGGGGAAAACAGACCGAAAAGAGCCGAACAGCUGCAGGACAAUCGGAAUUUCACCGAAGCUACAGCCGCAGAAAUAAACAGUGAAAUAAACCACGAUCUUGUCUGUGCGGUCAUUAAAGUGAGCGCAGUAUAUCGAUUUUGUUAUAAAGUAAAACCUAACCUCAAAGAGAGAUUUAUAACAAUUUAUUCCCUCACAUAAGUUUACACAAAGAUUUGCAUACACGUAGCACACACCGCAUGCAAAUUAUUUUAAAGUCACGCUUUCAGUUUCCGCACUGGGUUAUGAAAAAUGUUUUGUUUCCAAAGGUUAUUACAAUAUUCAAACUUAUUUACCUUUUGUGGUUUAAAAUAGAACAAAGUCUUCCUGGAUUUGGCGUUACUCGCUUCACGUCGGCUUCCGCUUCGACAUGUUUUCACAGCGCGUUUCCCGGGAGUUAUGCCACUUGGCUGAGACGAUGUCUUAAUUCCAAGACACUUUCAACGGCUCAUAACGGGAAAACUAAAGGGGGUAGACCCAGGUAGACCCCGAAAUUUGCAAAAGAAGAAAGGUUGAAGUAACAAGAUGGCCAAAAUAAUGCUAUAAAACCGCUAACAGUAACCUGCAAUAAAUCCAAGAAGAACGGGGAAAACAAAACUCAAAUAAUCAUGGCCGCCUGCACAUGACCGAGCAAUUCAAACUUGUCACAAACGCUCAAGAAAGCAAAAUAUUUAAAAGUAACGCAACUGCUAUUAAGAUAAAGUGUUCCAACAACUUUCCACGGCGGUAUAGUGUCGAAAUUGCCAACACAAGCUUGGAAUAAAGCGAAAAUUUCACCACGUAUACCUCUGAAAACAGCUCUUUCCGAGCGCGAAAAUCACUCUACAAAUGACGCAUUCUGAUUGGUCGAAUCUCGUGACGCACACCGCCUGGUUUUGCGACAGAAAGCAGCGGGCGCAAUUUUUGUAACGGAUCGUGAGUCCCGUUUCCGCCCGCGCGUACGCUUCGGUAAUUCAUUCAAGUGGCUGUUCUAAUUUACAUUUGAAUGAAGGAUUGAAAAGAAAGCAAAUGUUCACCAACUCAAUUCAAGCAAACAAGAGUAAACUUUGAAAGAGACAGAUCAAAAGAAUUUUUUUUCCGUGUACGGAAAGUAGACCCGCUUAAAUUCGGCACAAGGGGCUCCGGAGUUCGGUCGUUUCGAUACAAGUCGUUAAGAUACGAACUCGGGCAGUGAUAUUGCACAAAAAUUUCGAUCACUUCAAGUAUAUAGUUUGCGGGUCUGCAUGAAAAACAUUUUGGGUGAAUAUUCUUACGUGGAACUAUUUACACCUAAACUGAAUAAACGUGUAUCGAAACGACCGUAAACCGGGACUCCUGGCUUAUUAAAUGUCUUCAAAUAACUUCAGAGAAACCUUUUCUUAUCAUUGACGGCAUUUUGCUGGUGCAAUAAAUGAAUUAGGCGUUUUAUCUGUAUGUCUUUUUUGUUCGUUUCCUCAUUGGUUUUAUGACUGCAUUCUCUGUUGGUUUUGACUUUCAUAACAUUUGGUGGCUCCUAAAAGAGCCGUUUGUUUGUAAGUGAAAGCUUCAGUUUAAGCUUUCGCCUUCUUCUCAGUCUUCUUGGGCAGAAGAACAGCCUGGAUGUUGGGAAGAACACCUCCUUGGGCGAUGGUGACACCGGCGAGAAGCUUGUUCAACUCUUCGUCAUUACGGACGGCCAGCUGAAGGUGACGAGGGAUGAUUCUUGUCUUCUUGUUGUCACGAGCAGCGUUGCCCGCCAACUCGAGGAUCUCAGCGCUCAAAUACUCGAGCACAGCCGCCAAGUAAACUGGAGCACCUGCACCAACACGCUCGGCAUAGUUGCCUUUGCGAAGAAGACGGUGAAUACGACCGACAGGGAACUGAAGCCCUGCUCGGGAUGAUCGGCUCUUGGACUUGGUGCCCUUGGCUUUGCCUUUACCGCGACCAGACAUUUUGGAUAGUUCGAAUUGAUAGUUUGUGUACUUUACGAGGACUCAGAAAUGAGCAAUGUUAGGCGAUCUGCACUUUUUAUAAUGAGCUGUUUAACAUACAGGAUCGAAAUGCACCAAUCAAAACUUGUUCAUUUAAUAUGCUUGUUCAUAUGAAUCAUAAGUUGACCGAGGAGGUCACAGUAUUGAAAGAAAUGUGAAACCGGCCAAUCACUGAACGAGUUUUUCGAUCCGCAUGUUAAUUGAUCUUUCCGCUCCUUUGACAUAAAUACAAGAUACAUCGAACUGUGAGGCAUUUCAAAUCCUUUGUGAUCUACAAACAUGCCACUCAAAGUUGCAGGAAAGAAAGGCGAGAAGAAGGCUGGAAAGGCAAAGGCCGCCGGAGGUGAUGCAAAGAAGAAGAGGAGAGGAAAGAGAAAGGAAAGUUAUGCCAUCUACAUCUACAAGGUGUUGAAGCAAGUUCACCCUGACACUGGUAUCUCCAGCAAAGCCAUGGGCAUCAUGAACUCGUUCGUCAACGACAUCUUCGAGCGCAUCGCCACCGAAGCUUCCCGCCUUGCCCACUACAACAAGAAAUCAACAAUCAGCUCUCGCGAGAUCCAGACCGCCAUCAGGCUGCUUUUGCCCGGUGAACUGGCGAAACAUGCCGUCAGUGAAGGAACCAAGGCUGUGACCAAGUACACCAGCAGCAAGUAAACUCACGCAGUGAGUUUUACCCCAAAACAAACGGCUCUUUUAGGAGCCACCACAUGCGGUAAAAGUCAACGGCCAAUACCGAUUUAUCAUUUAUUACUGGAUUUGAUUGUUCAAAUUUGCUUUCCAAUUCAGUGUAAUACGCGUUGUUUUGUGUGUGAAUGAAUAUCGGCUUCCCGCCUAAACCCAGCUAAACGGUUGAAUGAAUUUUUAAGUGACCGUCUGUAAAAGAUUCUCCAAUUAGCUGCCUAUUCCUCUCAUUGUCACAAUCAGAGUUCUUCAUUCCGUCUCUGUUGAUGGUUUUUGCAAACUUUUGCAUUUGUACCGACCUUGCAUAUAGACUGCGAGCAGUCUCUUUUUUUUCUCAAGAUUUAGUAAGGCGAAUGCACGCGCGCGCGAGUAGCAAAGCCGCGAAACGGGGGCACGCGCGUGGCCAUUUGCGUGUCUCGCGUUUUGCUCGACGGACUACAAAAAAAAGUGAGACUGCUCGUAGUCUACUUUGUAUAAGGCUAGCCUGCGAGCAAGCUCUCUGAUUGGGGGAGUCGCGAGAGCUGACCGGUCGUUUCGCUAUCGUCCCGUUAGCGUGCGUAGCUUGGCAGUUUUGUAGGGAGGCUAGCUACUGAGCGGUGAAGCCGCAAAAACGCGCGCGAACGAGCGGCCUCGCCGACUUUGUUACUUUGCGCGCCCAACCCAAACCGCCAUGCUACGGAGACUGUCCCAUUCGCUAACGUCUUAUGUCGUUCCGCUAAGAAGCGAAACAAGCGUUGCGCAUGUAUAAGUUUCUUUUUUUCAGCCAUGAUACAAAAAAGUGCGAUACGUCUGUAAAUGCCUCGUUCUUUCAGUCAGCCAAUGAUCAGGCGAAAGCAGUCAUGGAACUGACCCAACACGUUUGGGUAACGAUUUUACGGCAGUAGGAAAGAUUAGACCGGGGGCGGUCGUCCUUUUUCCUUAGAGCCACGCGCGGCGAGAUAGAAAGAAAAAUUAUGUAAAUUAAUGGUAAAAAAGAGGAAAGAUUGUGGCCUCCGCGCCCUCGUUUCUCGUAGCCUGUUCCAUCCAGGCUCCGAGUUAGUCGGGCCUGCUGAAUUAAGAAAGCGCGAACACGAAAAUGAAACGGGAGGAAUCUGGGAAGAGAAGGGGCAGGGAACUGGGCUCUCUCUCCCUUUCUUUUUCCUUUUUCCUUUUUCCCACCCCGCCACUUUUUCGCGUGCCUUUUACUUUCGCGUCUACCCCACUUUCUGAGGCCUGGGACAGGCUACGUUUCUCGCGGCUUCGCCGCUCACCUCUCAUGCAUGCUCUCACUGAGGUCUGUUCCAGCGCGAGAGCGUAAUCUCGCGUGGUGUAUCCGAUAUUCUCCCCCCGCUUCCGUCAGUAUGCCGACACUGAAGACUGCUCUCUUGCUAUACUGUAUCGUUAGUAUCUGUAUCGUAAUCUAGCCUUUUUAGGGGGUAAAACACGAACGAUUCUUAAUAUGUAGGAUUAGAUUCAUGCUUCGCAGCCGACAAAGUUCUACUAUCUGAACCAGACUUUAAUUUACCAGGGAAAACGAAAACGACGAAAUUCAGUUCGAUGCCGCUUCCUUCAUGGACACAGUUGGAAACUUAUUGGGUAGGUUUUGUUUUGUUUUUCAUUUCACUCGCAUUUCUUGUAAAGAAUGAUUGUGGCUUUUAGAUUUAACCUGUAUCAGUAAGGCACGCGAACCCGACUAUCUCGGAGGCUGGAACAGGCUAUUUUUAGAUAUUUGUUAGAAAUAUUUGUGAUUCGUGAUUUACAGUUUUGACUCAUAACCUGAUUGCGAUAAAUGAUAAACUCGAUUCGUGAAUAAUUUUUGUAAUCAUUUCUGUCAUUUUUGAUUUGUUAAAUCAGUGAGCCACACAAUUAUUGCGAUAUGUCCAGAUUCCAUGCGUGAGCGUGAAAGAAUAUUGCGAUCAUUCGUGACGCGUGAAACGGUCCGUUGAUUUAACGUGACUGAAUUUCUCAUUGAGCGCCGCCCUCGAAUUACAGUCGAACCUCCACUAAAGGCCAACUCUCCAGAACGGCCAUCUCUCUACAAAGGCCCCUUUUUUUCGUCCCGGCGGACAAAAAAAUCCAUACACUGACUCUUGUUUCAACCUCACCACAACCCGCAAAAAAUAUACAGUUCAAUUGAAUUUGGGUCAAAACAGUUCUCGUCACGUUUCAUGUGACGUGAUCGGGUUUGAUUAACCGCGCAUCGGUAAAAAACGUCCUUGAUUGGAUAAAACCCACAGGAGGAAAAUUCCUCCUGUAAAUUUGGCGCGCUGCAGGGGCUACAAGUCCUUCGCGCUGUGGCCAAGGAGCUCCUUACGCUGGGGCCAACUACCGGAACCGGAAAUGAGAAGCGAAGGACUUCGAGAACGUCUAUACAGCAGCCACUUUGUUCUGUCCCCAAGAUGGCCGCUGUAGAGAGGUUCAACUGUAGUAUCUUUCUGACUUUUAAACCUACAACUGUACACUGUGGCGAUAAUCUCCUAGGAAACAGAACAAGCAACCAUGAGGAAAGCAGUGCCGAGAGUGAAAGUGAUGAACAAGACGUGUCGCUGUCCUCAGAUGAUGAGCACGAAUCGGAUCAAGGUCAGGAGAAAUUUCAAACUAUACUUCAAUACUUAGUUUUGUAAAGAAUUCUGUAAUUUCGUGGAACAUUUGCAGACUUGCCAACCCCCAAAAGGCAAAAAAUGUGAGAGUCUGACCCUUAACUGGAAAAAGUAGUGAGAAGUGGGUAAAAAGUCGUUAGAUGUCCCAAAUUUCCUAUUGGAAGGACUUUCAGUGCAUGGAGAUUAUGGGUGCAUGGAGCUGGGGUAGUAAACUUAAAGAUCAAUUUUACGAGUUGGGUUUUGUAAUUUUCAUGUUUUGUUGGCGGCCAUGUUGGGAGAAACAGCUUCACAUUUGGUGGCAGCAGCAAGUAGUGGAAGGCUAGAAGUAUGCAAUCAAACGCGACCGCCAUUGGAGUUUGACUUUUCGAGAAAGCAUGAGAAAUCAGUUGCCAACUCGUGAGAGCGUGAGAUAGGUCGUGAAAUCGUGAGACACACGACAAAGUCGUGACACUUGGCAAGUCUGUGUUUGUGGACAUCAGUCAAUUUGGAUUUAGGAGUGAACUUCUUCAACUGGGCUUUUUCUACACCAACGCGGAUAACCUUUCGUGCCGACAUAAAAGCUAUCCGACGGCAACCUAACGCACAGAACUAUGUUCGCACAACAUUAUAUCAAAACACACAUCAAGCAUCUUAUCGGGUUGGUUGGCCGGGGGGUUUGAUACAUCAAGUCCCAAUCCUUCACUUCUGUUUAUUUACUUGCGUCUCAGUGGCUUACAGUCCCCGCUCCUGCUCAUUUAUUUUCUUAUGGUCCACACUAACAUAAUCUCCCACGCAGCUGUUUUUGUUUGGAGACAAAAACGGCUGUUUAUGACAUUAAGAAUAGGAGUAGCAAAAAACCGGUCCGGUGUGUGAGGAUCCACUUUCACGAUGGGGAGGGUUGUCCAAUACCCCAACAAAUUUAUGCAUGGCAUUGUAUUGUAUUGUCUUCACAUUACAAUGCUGUACUAAAGUUUAACAAUACAGAACGAAGCAGAACAAUGAGAAAUUUAACAAAGCCAUGCAUAAAUUUGUUGGAGUAUUGGACAGGUAUGACGAUGGGCGCGACGUGGCGUAGAUUCGCUCCGUUACAGAAAUCGCGCUGAGAUCACCGUUCUCAUAUGUGAACAGAAGUUCUAUCCGGUAUGGUUUUCGAGACGGAACAAGAGCUCUCCAUUAAUCCGGUACAGUGGGAAGAUAUAAGCUUAAUAGUCGAUAAUGCGAUAAAUGACUGAAUACCUGAACAUAGUAUAGUGUCAAUCAACCCAACUGAAAGAAACACUUGAAACAAACAUGUUCCUUUCAGCAGACGUUUUAUUCAUUUGAUGCGUAACUGCCACGCCAUUGAAUAAAAACAGGCUGAAUCAAUUUACUUUCAGGUGUUCAAGGAAACAUGCAGUCCGGUGGGGAAGAUAAAGAAUUGACGUCAUAUAUGGAUCAAAUGGAUGAGGAAUUAGCGCGCACAUCAAUAGGAGAGAGUUUUGAAAAGGUGAGUGGGAUCUGCCCCCUUCCCCCACCCACGGGCCUUCAUGAGGCUUAGUGACGGAACAAGCGAGAAGCGCGAGAGCUGAGACAAGGGAGACGCGCGAGAGCUGGAGACAUUUUGCGCGCGCGCUCUGCGCUCGUUCCCAUCAUCCCCCUCUCGCGCUUCUCGCUUGUCGCGCAAGCGGGAAGUGAUCCCCCCGCUUUCCUUCAUAAUUAACUCAAAUUUCCCCACAAAGUGAUCGCGAGCGACUGGGGACGAGGCAGGAGCGGGAUAUCUUUUUAGACCCCGUCGGCACCAAAUGGGUUAUCCGGAUAUCUUUGACAACGAAUGAAAAGUUUUCCGUCCUCACUACCUUUCGCGUGUAUUGUUUUUCCCAAAUGCAUGCAUGGUAGUUAGUGCGCGUGCUUCGUAGUUAGUGCACGCGCACUGUCAUGGAGACCAUAAGUUGGUACGCUACAUUAACUUUUUAAGGCCUGUCUUCGCAGAGUCCAGGCUGAAACAACUAAACCUUUUUCCCUGAAUAUUCCCACCCUAGCGCGCGUUUUUUUUAAAAAACUUACCAAAUUGAUUGAGGGAAAAAGCGAGUGAGUUUAUCCAGUAGAUUAGUGCAGACGUUGUCUAUAACACCGUUGCCGUGGGGAUCGACGGCGGAGACGGGUGGCUGUUCCACCACCUCCUUCCCCCACCAAACCCACCAUGUCUCUCAAAAAUGACAUUAUUUGUUUUUGGCAAACAGAAGUUACGUUGUUAGAAGGGAGGAGAGGAGGGAAUUUAGCCCCUUAGCUUCGUCACAUUCACCACUUGAACUAAUCGCACACCUUAAAGACUGGUACCACUAGAGUCUUAGAUUUUACGACUUGAACAAGUGGUGAAUAUUGGACAGGUGUGUUGGCUUCAAACCUAUUGCGCGUUGCUGAACCUUGAAAGGACCAUGACUUCGUAUACGAAGGUAAAAGUAAUAAAGUAUAAUUUGUUAAUCGAAUACAGAUACUCUAAAUUAAACUCAUUCAUUGCUUGUUUUUUAAUUCAUAUUUUUUGUUUUACGGCAGAGAGGUGCUUCAUCUUUUGAAGCUAAAUCCCAAGGAACUUCUGAAAGCAAAAACAGCAGAGUAGUUAAUGAAGUUCAAGGGAGUGAUGACGAGGACGCGCCAGUUGAUGUGGACUUCAAUCUUGUUAAAAAUAUCUUAGAAUCCUUCUCCACACAGGAGGGUCUAGCUGGACCAGCAUCUAAUAUCCUUAGUUCUAUGGGCGUGUGGCUUCCACCGAACGCUGACUUGACCGAUACAUCUUAGUGAAAGGAAACAUGAACGCUGUUGUUUUCUGUUGUGUUUAUCUUGAUGGCUGCGGCUGGGUCAUCUUAGUUAAAGCUAUGUAUGCUCACUGAGGAAUCAAAUCUGCUGCGCAAAGAGUAGAAUUGUGUGCCGGUGUAGCUCUCGAAGGAAUUUGCUUUCUGGGCAAGCUUAAGAAUUAAAGGGCGUGUGCUCCUGGGAACUGGGAUAUCACCAGCAAGAGAGAGAGAGAUGGAAACUGUCUAGAUUUUUCGUCGCGGGCCAGUAGGCUUAACUGUGUUUCACCAAAUUUCUAUUUAUAAAUGAUAUGCUCGAAGUUUGUAAAGAAUUGCAGAAAAGCCACUGAAAA